AUAUGUAAUGACUAAUGACAAGUAUCAACUGAGUUAAAUUAAGUUGUUGAGUUUAUGCUUAAAAGCCAAGAUGAAAUAUUGAAGAAUGAAGGGCUCUUGUCAAAAAUCUAUUAUUGAUCUCUCUCUCCUUAAGUUGUGACUAAAGGAUGGUCACUGAAAGCUUUGUUUUUUAGGUUCUUGCAGUCAACUUUCAACAAGAUUUCAUCUUGCUGCAACUGGGUUGCCCAGAAAUCACUAAAAGAUUUCAAGUUUAGGCUGAAGCUGCAGCUACAAGUCAGACCUUGAUGAUGGCAUCUUGACAUAUUUUUGUUUGGAUCUGGAGUGCCUCUAUAUUUAAGGAAUUUUCAGGUUAAUCAGUGAUAUAGGUGAGACAAGCAUGCUAGUAUCUUCGAUGCAAGCAUCACGGCGCAGAAGAUCAAGCUUGUCCAACACAUUGUAUUAUCCAUCAACACAAGGCGUCGAGCACUGCCUUUUUCCCAAGUCCCAAUCUUUAGACAAGCAGUUACACUACAGUAAUAGUAUCCCUGGUAUUAAGACUGAACGAUACUGCACCCUGGAGUCUUCUUUGGCCACUGACAAUUUUGGCUCACUUCACAACUCAACAACAGCUGUCACUUACUCGCAAAGUGAAAGCUCCAUGUCACAGCAGGAAUCUCAAUCAUACCUACAUGAUCAUAACUAUGGAUCUCCGAUGAGUGUGUCCUGCCUAACCGAUGACACAACUGAGCUCAGACAGAAGGCAAACACAAAUGAUUUUAAGCACAAGCUUAAAGAAUUGGAAACUUUAAUGCUGGGACCCGAUUCCAAUUUUCUUGAUAGUCUAAAUUGUAACUUGGCCUCGCCAGAAACGGACAACUGGAAACGAAUGUUUGAAGAAAUUCCUAGAAGGGAUAUGAAACAGGUGCUUGUUGCCUGUGCCAGAGCAGUCUCAGACAAUGAUUUGUUGACUGCACAAUGGCUGAUGGCUGAACUACGCCUUAUGGUAUCAGUUUCAGGUGAACCAAUUCAGCGUCUUGGUGCAUAUCUGCUGGAAGGCCUUGUAGCUAGGCUGGCCUCUUCUGGAAGUUUGAUCUAUAAAUCUUUGAGAUGCACAGAACCAGAAAGCUCUGAGCUACUUUCUUAUAUGCAUGUUCUCUAUGAAGUGUGCCCCUACUUGAAAUUCGGGUACAUGUCUGCAAAUGGGGCAAUUGCAGAAGCAAUGAAGGAUGAGAACAGUGUACACAUAAUUGACUUCCAAAUUGGACAAGGAAGUCAGUGGAUAACCCUGAUCCAAGCUUUCGCAGCUAGGCGUGGAGGACCACCCCACAUACGAAUAACAGGCAUAGAUGAUUCCACUUCAGCAUAUGCACGUGGAGGGGGACUGAAUAUUGUGGGAAAGAGGCUUUCUAGACUUGCCCGUUCAUUUAAGGUUCCAUUUGAGUUCCAUGCUGCAGUAAUGUCUGGUAGUGAGGUCCAGCCAGAAAGCCUAGAGAUUCAUUAUGGAGAGGCUUUGGCUGUGAAUUUUGCUUUUAUGUUACACCACAUGCCAGAUGAAAGUGUUAGCACUCAAAAUCAUCGAGAUGGACUGUUGAGGUUCGUUAAAAGAUUAAAUCCCAAGGUUGUGACCCUUGUAGAGCAAGAGUCCAACACAAACACUGCUGCUUUCUUUCCUCGCUUUCUUGAAACGAUGGACUAUUAUUCAGCUAUGUUUGAAUCGAUUGAGGCAACUCUUCCCAGAGAACAUAAAGAGAGGAUCAAUGUGGAACAACAUUGCCUAGCGAGAGAUGUUGUCAAUAUAAUAGCAUGUGAAGGGACCGAAAGGGUGGAGCGUCAUGAGCUUAUGGGGAAAUGGAAGUCCAGGUUCAAGAUGGCUGGUUUUACUCCGUACCCUUUGAGUUCCUUGGUGAAUGCCACUAUCAAAAGACUACUAGACAACUACUGUGAUAAGUACAGGCUUGAAGAAAGAGAAGGAGCUCUAUAUCUUGGAUGGAUGAACAGAGAUUUGGUUGCUUCAUGUGCAUGGAAGUGAGGUGAUCUCCUGUUAACUAAAAAAAUUUAGAAAUUGGGUUAGAUACCUGAGAUUCAAACCUCGUACUGGUAUUCCCCAUUCUGUUUUUCUGGUUUACUGUCAUAAAUUGGUAUAGAUAAAAAAUGACCACCCUACUUAUGUUCUAAAUCAGAUGCACUAUCGUAAAUUAUGUUAACGGGUAUAUCAUUUCCACUUUCAGUUUAA